GCCUGACGCCGGAAUAACAUUGGAAGAUAAUAAUAUUUUUCUUUUGGAUAAAUUAAAUUAAUUUAUAAUGGAUGACGUUAUUGUGUUGAAAGAUUAUAAAACUGUGCCUGACAUAGUACAUGAAUACGAACCUACUGUAAAGUUUGGGCACAUACCUUUGGUAAUUGACAAUGGUUCAUACCAGUGUCGAGUGGGUUGGUCCAUAUACGAUGAGCCACAUUUGAUAUUCAAAAACUUGAUAGCGAGGCCGCGGAAGGACAGAUGUAAAAAGGACGCUGAGCCGCCGGCAACUCCGCCUAUUCAAAUAGGAAACGAUAUUAUAAACAUAGAAGCAGUCAGGUUUCAACUGAAGACUCAAUUUGACAAAAAUGUGGUGACACAUUUUGAAGCACAAGAGCAAGUCUUGGACUACAUCUUCUCCCAUUUGGGUAUAGACAAUGAGGGCAGCGUGCCACAUCCCAUUGUUAUGACAGAGGCAUUUGUCACCCCCAAUUACAGUAGACAAUUAAUGUCAGAACUCUUGUUCGAAGCCUACAGCGUCCCAGCAGUGAGUUAUGGAGUGGAUUCUCUAUACAGCAUGUACAGAAAUGAGAUUGGAGAUACAGCACUCAUUGUCAACUGUGGAUAUCACACUGUUCAUAUCAUACCUGUUUUGAGAGGUCAGGUAGUUGUCGAACAUGCUAGGAGGAUUAAUUUAGGUGGCAGUGAAAUGAUAGCUUAUCUACACAAAUUACUGCAACUAAAGUACCCUGUUCAUGUGACUGCAAUCACAAUGUCACGAGUUGAAGAAAUAUUACAUGAACACUGUUCCAUUGCUUUAGAUUAUCAGGAAGAAAUCAGGAAAUGGGUAAAUGCAGAUUUUUAUGAAACCAAUGUAAAGAGAAUACAGCUACCUUAUGUACAGUCUGCUAGUUCUUCAGGAUUGACUGCUGAACAGCAAAAAGAGAGAAAAAAAGAAAUGGCGAGGCGGCUAUUAGAAAUAAAUGCUAGGAAACGAGAAGAGAGACUCGCUGAGGAUGAAGACCAGUUAAAUCAAUUACUGGCUAUACAAGAUAUGAUAGAAGAUGGUGACACAGAUGAGUUCAAUGAAGCAAUCAAAGGCUUUGAUAUUAAAAGUUAUGAGGAUCUUCAGAGGCAAAUUACAAAUCUACACGCUCGCAUAGAGAAAAACCGGCAGCGCAUCGCAGCGGCCGCGGCGGCGGAAGAGAAUCCUGAAACCCGACCAACGGGCCGCAUGCAGCCGCCACAAGACCCUGAGGCUUUUCAAAUAUGGCUGGCGGACACCAGAGCUAAGUACCGCGAGCUCAUGCAGCGCCGCGAGGCCCGUCGCGCGCGGCGAGCCGCCAUGGUGAAGCGGCGCACGGCCGCCGCCGCGGAGCGCAUGCGCGUCAUCUCGCGAUUGGCUGCCGCGGGAGACGAAUUCGGUAAUCAAGACUCCGAUUGGGACGCUUACAAGAGUAUUAGGAUGGAAAAACUUAAAUCUAGGUUACAGUUCAUUAUGGACCCUGAAGGGCACAGCAAAUUUUAA